AUGGUGCAAAUCUGGGUGACUGAGCCGUAUCCAUGCGGUGAUCCACGACUUCCACACCAUAUUUUUCCUCCAAAAAUGAUCACCCCUGAUGAGUUGACGAAAAGAACGGGAACUCUUUAUUGGAAAUUGGACACACUUGAUCAAAUUGCGCUCUCGAAACGAAUCACGAUGAUGAAAUUGGAGAGAAAAUUCACGCGUGAAGACAUCUACACACUUGAUGCUGCCACUACGGCGAAUUUCAGUGAUAAAAUUGACGAGCUCUUUGAGGAGGCCACAAAUGUCGAUGAUCAGGCACGCAUGAUCAUUGAAGGAUCCGCUUAUUUUGAUGUUGAAGAUAAGAAAGGCGACUGGGUUCGAAUUCUUUGCGAGUACGGUGAUUUGAUUCUCAUCCCUGCUAAUGUCAAUCAUAGAUUCACCACAACUCCAAAAAAUUUCGUCAAAAUUCGCCGUUUCUUCAAGACUGACGAGGCUUGC